GCCUCUGGCUUCACUGCCCAGGCGGGGCCGCGCAGUAAAGCGGAGCGAGGGGGCGGGGCCUCGGCACCUCCUCCAUCCCUCGCUGCGGACCGCAGGGAUGUUCCCCGCUCAGGAGGAGGCUGACAGGACCGUGUUUGUGGGCAAUUUAGAGGCCCGUGUGCGGGAAGAGAUUCUUUACGAGCUGUUCCUUCAGGCUGGGCCACUAACCAAAGUGACUCUUUGCAAAGACAGAGACGGGAAACCAAAGUCCUUUGGCUUUGUCUGCUUCAAGCAUCCGGAAUCCGUGUCUUACGCCAUAGCUUUGCUGAAUGGAAUUCGUUUGUAUGGGAGACCAAUUAAUGUGCAGUAUCGGUUUGGGAGUUCUCGCUCUUCUGAACCAGCUAACCAAAGUUUUGAGAGCUGUGCUAAGAUCAACUCACACAGCUUCAGGAACGAUGAAAUGGUGUGCAGGCCUUCCUUCCCCGUGCCGUUUUUCCCCAUUACGAGUGCUGCGUUACCUCAAGAGUAUUUUUUCUUUCAAAAAAUGUGGUACACACACAGCCCAGCGCUGCAGCCUCCUUUCUACGAGAUGACAGCUCCACUUCCCAACCCUGCGUCUGACUCUUGCUCCCUAAACCACGCUCCAGACCUAGAGGCUGGCCCCAGCUCCUACGAAUGGACUCACCAGCCACCGAAUGACCCUGACCUGUAUCCUAGGAUUAAACGAAAGAGGCAAAGGCCAGACAGCGACAGCGACAGUAGCUCAGGAGACAAGAGAGGAAAUGAAGGUAGCCAAAAGUGCCACAAGUGUAAAAAGAAGAAACGCUACUAGCGAACCGUGUCUGCACUGCUCUCGAACCUUCAAGCAAAGAAGAAUCUGUCGCACACCAAAUGACCAAUCUUUGGCCCGGCGUGUCACUUUUGAAACGUAUGGAAAUAUGACUCUGCGAUUUGCUAUUCGGUUUGCUAUUCGCGCCCAUGAAUGAUAAAAGCCUUUAAACAAUAAUAUACCAUACUGCUUUCCUGUUUGCAAGGUUACCUUUGGACCGUUGUCAGUGCCCUUUGCCCAGUCUUAUUUUAGUGUUGCGGAUGAAAUUUCACUAAAUUCAAAAGCCACUCAUGAAGUCCUUGAGGGUUAAGCUUCCUGCUCUCCCCAGAGUCUCACUGAAGGCUUUCAAGCACAGGUGGGCUGGCCUCAGAGGGACCUCUGUAGGUCGCUGGCAGGACUAAUGGGAAUAAUUAAAAAAAGAGUGUGUUCUAGUAAAUAUGUAGCGAGGAGGCUUGAGUUCCCUUUGUCACCGACACUUUGGGUUUUGUCUAAGUAUGAGAGGUCUGAGCUUCACUAUCAGGGUUGAUUCAUAUGACCAUGACUGUGGCACCAACGGAAAGAUAACCGACAUAAGCUCGGUGUCAUAUGCAUAAAGGCAACGCUAUGUGAUUAUUUCCCUUUUCUGUGUUUUUGGUUGAUAUAAUUAUCUGUACACACCACACUUCUUGUUUGAUGGUAUCAGUAUCUACUCUCUAGUUCUCCCCACAGGGGCAGAAAGGACAUAAUGACUGUGUGAUUGUCGCAAUGAGUAAGUACAUAGGAUGAUGCUGUACCACCGUGUACUUAAUGCCUGUGGUCCAAGUCUAUACUUUUAAUUCUCUUAUUCUAGUAGGUAAAUGUAUAUGAAUGGUGUGUGUCAACACUUUUGCUCAUCUAAUAGCUUACCAUAAACUAAAAUGAUGACGACUAUAUACUUAUUAAAGCUAAUUGAAAGGAUCGCGCAAACUCAUUAUGAAUUAUCUGCUCAGUUCAGUGGGGAAUAAGGCCCACGUGGGUGUGACUUCUGCAUGUCGCCUACUCUUCCACACAUUAUUUAUUUAAUGAAUAAAAUAUCUUUAACCAACAAA